AUGGACAAGCUCAAGGCCAUCUUCCGUCGCAAGAAGCAGGAGCCGGGUCCAUCGAAGACCGCAGGCACCAGGACUGAAGCUCCAAAUCAGGUCGGCACUUCGACUCAAGUCCCUCCACCGACGACGACUACAUCAUCUGCUGCCCCGUCAUCUAGCCAGCCAGUCGCACCAGCAGGCGCAGCUCCAAUUACGACCGAAUCCUCAGUUGACAAUUCGAAGCCUGCUGAUCCUACACCUGGCGCAGUGCCUUCUGCCACUCAAGCCGGCUCUGCCCAGCAAGAUGAGGCAGUUGCUGUUGCUGCUAAAUGA